GGGGAAUUAAACGUCUGCUGCAACAGAGAUUCAAGAUGGCGAAGAUGGCGGUUAAUUUCACGCAACCAAUUACAUUUCACUAGCGCUCGUCUACGUGAUUGGUUGAUUUGCCCUGCGACUGACACGUUUUCACGUGCAAUGACCCUUACGUGUUGACGCGUCCUAACACUCCCAACAGCUGAUGAUUUCUACCCAUGCUUGCUGCUCACGUGCCGGUACUGGCUGUAUUCGUUGAAUAUUACAAAUUCUCGGUGUUUUGUUGGAGUGUCAAAUUUGAACACAAUGGAAAAACAAAAACGGGAGUCUCGAUUGAUUAUGGGGCAGCAUCAAAAUAUUAACGAAUACGACUUGAACACGGACAAGUUAACAGCGCUGGAAAAGUUACUGAAGAAACUGAAGAUAAAGAUAAUAAACGAAGAAGAACGAGAAUUGGAAUUCGAUUUAAUUGGUUGUGACGUCUCGUUGGUUAAUGCAUUCCGUAGAAUACUUCUGAGCGAAGUGCCGACUAUGGCUAUAGAGAAAGUAUACAUGAUCAACAACUCUAGUCUGAUACAAGACGAAGUGCUUUCGCACAGAUUGGGACUUGUACCUCUUCGGGCGGAUCCUCGGUUAUUCGAAUAUCCUUCAAAAAAAGCAAAAUCCGAUGAUAAAGUCAGUGACCACGACACUCUCAGAUACGAAUUAAAGGUAUCUUGUACUGUGAAUCCUCAAGCUCCGAAGUUUUCUCGUCUUCCGGAAGAUAUGUACAAAAACAGCAAAGUCUACAGCAAAGACAUUAAGUGGAUUCCAAUAGGCCAGCAGGCAGAAAUGUUCCCGCAAGGAGCGGAACAGUUUGGUGUGAUAGAGAACGAUAUAUUAAUAUGUAAAAUGCGUCCUGGUCAUCAGAUCCACGCGUUCAUGGAGGCAGUUAAGGGUAUCGGACGGGAUCAUGCCAAAUUUUCUCCCGUGGCUACUGCGUCGUAUCGUAUGAUGCCCGCCAUCCGUCUGACCAAGCCCGUGAAAGAUGACAACGCGGUUCUUCUGCAGAAGUGUUUUAGUCCCGGUGUGAUAGAAGUGGUAGAACAAGAGACGAAUUCGGGCCAGAAAUAUCGCGAGGCGCGCGUGAAGAACGCUCGUUACGAUAGUUGUGCGAGAAAUGUCUAUCAGUACGAUCAUUUGAAGGAUUGCGUGGAACUAAGUCGAAUAAAGGAUCAUUUUAUAUUCACUAUAGAAUCCGUGGGUGCGUUACCACCGAGUGAGCUGUUCUUAGAAGCCGUCAAAGUGCUUAGAAACAAAUGCAGAUCGUUUCUAUCCGAGCUUAACAAGGAGGAAAGAUCUAAAAAGACCUAGACUGUAAACAGAAAAAAACUUAUUUAUAAGUCAUAAUUAUAGUGUAAUUAUAGUACAAUUUUAUCUUACAUGUCCCUGUGUGUACAGGCAAUAAAUUUUUCACCGAUUUGGA